UUCUAGGGCUAGAACUGUUACUGAUUAAUCACAAAAAAGUUGGUACAAGAAACUGCAAUCAUACAUCAAAAACACACACACACACUCCAUGUGAGAGCGAAAUCACUGUUGAAAUCAGAUGAAUUUCACGUUCAUUUCAAGAUCUCUCACCACUUGAUUUGAAACCAAUUGAACCCCAUUUCUAAAUUCCCGCAAAAUUACCCCAAAAUUUUGCUCCAUUUGGGAAAAAAUGGAAACUUUUUGAGUCUUGUGUAGAUUAAAGUGGUAGAGAGAGAAGAUUAUUAAGUGGGUUCGUAACAAUUUUCAAUUUUGGAGGGAUAUGAAUUAGUUUUUUUAUAAUUUUGGAAUUUUGUUACAAAAUUAGAAUUUUUUCUGCAUGCAAUCCGGUGGCGGGGUCCAGGGUGGGCAUGGGCGGAACAUGGUGGCCGGACCACCGUCCUCCUCCGCAUCGCCGUCGUCAUCUUCGUCGGCUGUUUCUACUCCACAAUUGGGGUUUGAUCCAAUGCAGCAGCAACAGCAACAGCAGAGACAGACGUUACAACAGCAGUUGCUUAGGAACCCUGAAGCAAGAGAGGCGAUGCUUGCUUACCAAUCCGGAAAUCUGCAAGGAGUGUUGGGAACCAAUGUUGCCCAAAUGCAGGGGCAGAAUCGGAAUCAGGGGUUUGACCAAAACAUGAUGAACCCCGUUCAUCAGGCGUACAAUCAGUACGCUUUCCAAAACCAACAGAAAUCGGGUCUCGGAAUGCAGCCUCAGCAACAAAUAAGAAUGGGGACAGUGGUUCCGUCUUCGAAAGAUCAAAAAAUGCAAGACUCUGAUCAAGGUCAAAGUCAAAGUCAAAAUCAGAAACAGUUUGUCACGCCGACAUCACUCGGUCAAUUAGUGCAGGGUGGUAGUAAUAGCGUACGGCCUAUGUCAGCCCCACAAGCUCCUCAAAAUAUGACAAUGGCGGCUCAACUACAGGCAAUGCAGGCUUUGGCGCUUGAACGCAACAUCGAUUUAUCGCUUCCACAAAAUGCUAAUUUGGUAGCACAAUUAAUCCCGCUUAUGCAAGCCAGAAUGCAAAAGGCUAACGAAACCAGUAUGACAAAUGAUAAUUCUCCAAGAGGCAAUUCGUCGAGUGAUCUGGGUUCCGCCAAAACACGCCAGAAUAUUCCUCCGGGCCAUCUCGGGUCAACUUCUAACCCUUUACUGGUCAACAAUCCCGGUCCCGGUCAGGUUGGUCAGAGUCAGGUUCAGGGUCCGGAUCAUGGUCAACAGCUUCCACCUAGGCAGCCUGCUCCGGUCAACAGUAUGAACCAAGGUUUCAUGCAGCAGACAAAUCGAUCUUCUUCACAACUGAAGUUACCUUCGAAUUUUACAAAACAGCAACUGCAUGUUCUUAAAGCACAAAUAUUAGCUUUUAGACGUAUAAAGAAAGGAGAAAAAACGCUACCGAAUGAACUAAUCCAAGCAAUUGCGCCACCGCCACUUGAAGCACAAACGCAACCGUCAACUGCUAAUGCUGGAGCUAUUAAUGUGAAAAGUCAAAGUCAACCUGAUGACCAAACGAGACGAUUAGAGUCCAACGAUAAAGAACUUCAAGCCGCAGCUUUCACAAGCGGAACGAACAAUACCAAACGAGAAGGGCACGAGGAGAAUGCAGCAACAGUUAUGUCAACACAGAAGGAAACUCCACCCGUUCUUCCGGCUAAACAAGAACAAGAAGUCGAACUCGGGGUUCAGAAAACUUCUAAUGUUAUUGACCGUCCAAUCGACAAGGGUAAAUCGGUCAUUUCAGAACCUGUAACGGUACCUGACAAUGUUCAAUCUAAAAGGCCUCUACAAGCCGGAAAUCCGCCACAGACCAAAGAUUCUGGCCCAAAAAAGUACCAUGGCCCGUUGUUUGACUUUCCGUUCUUUACCCGAAAGCAUGAUGCUUUCGGGUCAAGCAUGAUGAUUAACAACAACAAUAAUCUUCCACUCGCGUACGACUUAAAAGAUCUAAUCGCUGAAGAGGGUACGGAAGUAAUUAACAAAAAACGAAACGAAAGUAUCGAAAAGAUUAACAGUUUACUAGCCGUAAAUCUGGAAAGAAGAAGAAUACGACCCGAUGUUGUUCUAAGGUUACAAAUCGAAGAAAAGAAGUUAAAACUACAAGAUUUACAAAAACGCGUGAGAGACGGAGUUGACCAAAACCAACAAGAUAUAAUGGCAAUGCCCGAUAGGCCGUAUAGGAAGUUCAUUCGGUUAUGUGAACGGCAAAGGAUGGAUCUUAACAGGCAAGUACAAGCUGCCCAACGCGCGAUUCGGGAUAAACAACUGAAACAGAUAUUUCAUUGGCGUAAGAAGCUUCUAGAAUUUCAUUGGGCGAUUAGGGAUGCGAGGACUCAAAGGAAUAGGGGGGUUGCGAAAUAUCAUGAAAGGAUGUUGCGGGAAUUUUCGAAGAGGAAAGAUGAUGAUCGGAGUAAAAGAAUGGAAGCGUUGAAGAAUAACGAUGUGGAAAGAUAUCGACAGAUUUUGUUAGAACAGCAAACGAGUAUGCCGGGUGAAGCUGCUGAAAGAUACGAGGUUCUUUCUUCGUUUUUAUCGCAAACCGAGGAAUAUCUUCAGAAACUUGGAAGUAAAAUAACUGCUGCAAAGAACCAACAGGAAGUUGAAGAGGCUGGUAAUGCUGCUGCCGCUGCUGCACGAGCUCAGGGUUUAUCUGAAGAAGAAGUGAGAGCUGCAGCUUCUUGUGCACGAGAAGAAGUUAUGAUACGAAAUCGUUUCUCUGAAAUGAAUGCACCCCAAGACAGCUCAUCCGUUAGCAAGUAUUAUACGCUUGCACAUGCUGUGAAUGAAAGGGUCAUAAGGCAACCCUCAAUGUUAAGAUGUGGAACUUUACGGGAUUAUCAACUCGUCGGCUUACAAUGGAUGCUUUCGCUGUACAACAAUAAAUUAAAUGGAAUAUUGGCUGAUGAAAUGGGUCUUGGGAAAACCGUGCAGGUUAUGGCAUUGAUUGCCUAUUUGAUGGAGUUUAAAAGCAAUUACGGUCCGCAUCUUAUCAUUGUUCCAAACGCGGUUUUGGUGAAUUGGAAGAGUGAGUUACAUAAUUGGUUGCCGAAUGUAUCAUGUAUCUACUAUGUCGGUAACAAGGAUCAGCGGACGAAAUUGUUUUCUCAAGAGGUCCUUCACGUGAAAUUCAAUGUUCUCGUGACAACCUAUGAGUUUGUUAUGUAUGAUCGUUCAAAACUUUCAAGGGUCGAUUGGAAAUAUAUUGUUAUCGAUGAAGCACAAAGAAUGAAGGACAGAGAAUCAGUAUUAGCUCGUGAUCUUGAUAGAUACCGUUGUCAAAGACGCCUACUCCUUACCGGGACCCCCUUGCAGAACGAUCUCAAAGAACUUUGGUCGUUGUUAAAUCUACUACUUCCAGAAGUAUUUGAUAAUCGAAAAGCUUUUCAUGAUUGGUUCUCGAAACCAUUUUCAAAAGACGUGGCCCCCGAUGGUGAAGAUGAUUGGUUAGAAACCGAGAAGAAAGUUAUCAUCAUACACAGACUUCAUCAAAUUUUAGAACCGUUUAUGCUCCGACGUCGUGUCGAGGAUGUUGAAGGUUCACUUCCUCCAAAGAUUUCCAUCAUUUUGCGUUGUAAAAUGUCAGCAAUUCAGGGUGCGAUAUAUGAUUGGAUCAAAUCUACGGGUACGAUUCGGGUUGACCCUGAAGAUGAAAAGCGUAAGGCUCAAAAGAAUCCAAUGCACCAACCAAUAGCAUACAAACCGCUAAAUAACAAAUGUAUGGAGCUUCGGAAAGCGUGCAAUCACCCAUUGCUUAAUUACCCGUAUUUCAACGAUUUUUCCAAAGAUUUUCUUGUUCGAUCAUGUGGAAAGCUAUGGAUCCUUGAUAGAAUUUUAGUUAAGCUUCAAAGCACGGGUCAUCGGGUACUUCUUUUCAGUACAAUGACAAAACUCUUAGAUAUUUUGGAAGAAUAUUUACAGUGGCGAAGACUUGUUUACCGAAGAAUUGACGGUACAACAAGCUUAGAAGACCGCGAAUCCGCUAUAGUUGACUUUAACAGUCCCGAUACCGAUUGUUUUAUCUUCUUGCUUAGCAUACGGGCUGCGGGCCGGGGUCUAAAUCUUCAAACAGCCGACACGGUUAUCAUUUACGACCCUGACCCGAAUCCAAAGAACGAAGAGCAGGCAGUGGCUCGAGCUCACCGGAUCGGUCAAACACGAGAAGUCAAAGUCAUUUACAUGGAAGCAGUGGUUGAUAAAAUUUCGAGCCAUGAAAAAGAGGAUAAUUUUAAAAACGGUGGUCGGGUUGAUUCUGACGAUGAUUUGGCGGGAAAAGAUCGUUAUAUCGGAUCUAUUGAGAGCCUAAUUAGAAACAAUAUUCAACAAUAUAAAAUCGAUAUGGCUGACGAAGUUAUUAACGCCGGAAGGUUUGAUCAAAGAACAACACACGAAGAAAGACGUUCGACUUUGGAAUCAUUGUUACGUGAUGAAGAAAGGUAUCAAGAAACCGUUCAUGAUGUACCGUCGUUACAAGAGGUUAACCGAAUGAUAGCUAGAAGCGAAGAAGAAGUUGAGCUUUUUGAUCAAAUGGAUGAAGAAUUCGACUGGGCCGAUGAGAUGACAAGAUACGAUCAAGUUCCUAAGUGGCUUCGGGCCGGUACUCGUGAAGUAAACACAACCGUGGCCCGUUUAUCCAAAAAACCGCCGAAACAUAUGAUAUUUACCGAAAACAUCGAAAACAUUAUUACCGAUAGAAGAAGGGGACGUUAUAAAGACAAGAAGUUUCCAAAUUAUUCUGAGUUGGAUGAUGAUAUUGAGGAAUUUUAUGAAGCUACGUCUGAAGAGGUUGAAGACGAUGAAACGGUUGAUGCGACUGAAACACCAGGAACCGACAAGGCCCAAUCGGAAGACGAUUUUCCGGCUGAAAAUAAUCAAUAUGAAUAUCCUCGUGGGGCCAAUGUUGUGAAGCUUAAAGAAGAAGGUUCUUCGGGUUCGUCAUCAGAUAGUCGAAUAUCGAUACCUGUUGCAACCCCUUCUAUAUCUUCUCAGAAAUUCGGGUCGCUUUCCGCACUCGAGGCUAGGCCCGGUUCUCGUUCGAGAAGGCUGCAUGAUGAUCUAGAAGAGGGGGAGAUUGCAUUUUCCGGAGAUUCUCAUCUGGAAGUUAAGCAGUCGAGUAGCGGGACCCGUGAUCAUGAUGAGGUUGAAGAUGAACAGGUUUUACAACCUAAGAUAAAACGGAAACGGAGUAUACGUCUUAGACCAAAACAAGAGAAACCUAGUGCUCUUCAUGGUGGUACUUCGCGUUUACCGUUUCAAGCCGACUGUAAUAAAAUGCAUGUGAAAACCGAAACCGAACAAAAAGCGAUGAUCGAUCAAACUCAUCCUUCGCUUAAGACCAAAAAAACACCACCGAAUAGGAAAAACUCGAAUAAAGCGAAUGUUGAUGUUGCAGUGAGACAAACUAGAGGAAAUUCCAUCUCUGCCCCUCCAAAAGUAACCCCCGAGCGCCCUAAAGAAAGUGGGACCAAGAUGUCCGAGGCGAUCCAAAGAAGGUGCAAGAAUGUAAUAACGAAGAUCCAAAGAAGAAUCGAUAAAGAAGGGCAGCAAAUUAUCCCAUUGCUAACUGAUCUAUGGAAGAAAGCCGAAAGUCAUGGGAAUAAUAUUCUCGAUUUGCACAAAAUUGAACUUCGCGUUGAGCGACUCGACUACAAUACGGUUCCAGACUUGAUUGUUGAUGUGCAGGCUAUGUUGAAAAGCGGAAUGCAGUAUUUUGGAUUUUCACAUGAGGUGAGAUCCGAGGCAAGAAAAGUGCAUGAUCUGUUUUUCGAUAUUUUGAAGAUUGCAUUUCCCGACACCGACUUCCGAGAAGCGAGAAGUGCACUCACUUUCUCCAGCUCAGCGGCCGCAUCAGCAUCGGGCUCGUCUCCUAGAGUCAUACCGGUCCAACCUUUUGGUCAACCCAAACGACAGAAACCGAUACUUGAGGUUGACCCUCAACCUAAGUCACACCCUAGACCCACGGCUCAGAGAGAAACACGGUUUGGGAAUAACAAUACCCGUGACUCAACUAACCCGCAGGAUGAACCGAGGCCGUUAACCCAUCCAGGUGAGCUUGUAAUCUGCAAGAAGAAACGGAAGGACCGGGAGAAAUCGGCGGUGAAACCAGGGGCUAGUGUCAUCAGGAGCCCGGGUCAAACUCGAAUGAGUCAAAGUCAACAAGGGUGGUCUAAUAAUCAGUCUCCUAAGCAAGGAAGCGGGAGUGGGAGUGGGGGCGGAGUGGGCUGGGCUAACCCGGUUAAAAGGAUGAGAACAGACGCGGGGAAAAGACGGCCAAGUCAUAUGUAAAUGUUUCGGGCCGGAAUGUGGACUUGUAAGUUGUUAUUUGGUAUGAUUAACUUAAGUAGUAGUGUUGAGGGAAGGAGGUAGAAAUGGGCUGUAGUUUUGAAGCUUAUUAUCGAAGAUUGAUGUUGAUAUGUAAACUUAAUUGCUUUUCUUGUGAUGCCCAUAUUCUUGGGCUUCUAGUUGAUAAUGGGUCUGGACCUUAAAUGGGCUUUGGUCAGGUUCGGUUUAACCUGUUGUGAACCAAAACCGUUUGGGUUGGGAGUCCAUAGCAUUGUUAAUUUUAAUAUGUUCUUGUACACGUGUCAUUGACUUA